AUGAGGAAACGAGGCGAAUUCGAUUCUUACAAUAAUAAGGAGUGUGAGAAGAAUAAGAAGUUUCACAUCAUGAACUACAAUGGAAUCGAAGAUCGUCUAGUAAAAAUCAUAGCAAAAGAAGAAGUCGAAGUAGCUCUGAAGAAUCAUGUAGUAGUUCUUCUACGUCCGAAACUAAUGAACAAAAUUUUCAACCUGAUAAAAUUACAAUAUUUCAGUCGUCAUUCGUCCAAAGACUUUAAAAGUACUUUUAAUGGACCUGAAAGAUCGCAGACAAUUGAUUCGGAUGAGUUACGAAAAAUUAAAAUAACGAUUCACAGAAAUCUUUCUGGGCAUAUAACGGAAACUGCUUCGUCUCAAACUGACAAUGUAAAUGCUAAUGAAAUAAUACUGACAAGAAGACAUGGAGAAGGGAUAAAACCUAUCUUUGAUCGAGAGGAAAUUAAAAAAUCAGAAGAGAUAUCACAAGAAAUUGAAGAACAUCGUACUAUCGAACUAACUAGAAAACUAGUAAUAGAUAAUAAAUACGAUUCUGAACAAAAUUCUGCAACUAGAAAUCAUUCAAGAGAUCAUUCGCCAUCUUAUAAUGACAGGCGUAGCUCUACAUCCACAAGUACUCAGAAGCGUCGCCCCGGAUUCUCCUGUUCGCAAAGAAAUCGUUCUGAAUUUUCGAGCUCUCAACGGCGUCGUUCUCAAUCAUCAAGUCCUCGUAGACAAUCUUUGAGUCCGCAAAGACGUCAAUCUAAAUUAACAAAUUCUCAAAGACAUCGUCCUGAAUCUUUAAGUCCUCAUCAACGUCAUUCUGAAUUCUUGAUUUCUCAAAGACGUCAUUUUGAAUCAAUGAGUCCUCAGAGACGCCCGUCGGACUCCAUGAGUCCUGAACGACGUUAUUCUGAAUUCUCAAGUCCUCGGAGGCGACGUUCCGAAUCGUCGAGUUCUCGAAGACGACGCAGUCCUAGUCCCGGCAAGCGCACAAGCUCACGGUCAGGCGCACUUGAGUCAAGGCGCCACUCCGAUACCCGAAAAAGUAUGAGCCGCGAAACGAGGAGGCGCACAUCAUCCGAAGAUUACAAAUCUAAAUCAAAUGUCCAUUGUACAAAAGAGUAUAGAGAGUCUCGAGAGAGAAGGAAAGGUCGUUCGCAUGAUCGGCGAGAAAGACGGGAUUCUUCGAGGGAGCGUCGGCUUUCUCCAACUUAUUUCGAGCGAAUGCCAUUCCCCGGCCAUUAUUGGGGUUGCGUUCCAAGGCCAAUGCUGACGGGACGACUGAUGCCACCAAUUGGAAGGCCGAUGAUGUUUGGGCCCCGAGUGGUGCGACCGAUUAUGGGACCGAUGUUUAGGCGUCAUUUUGCAAUGUAUCCACCUCACGACGCCCGUAAGUCUUAGGUUGCUUGUAUCCCUCUAGCGCUCAAUGCUUGUAGCUGAGAAGACAUUAUUGUUGUAAAGAGAUGUGAGUUUUUCAAUGAGGAAAGACAGUAAUUAAGUAAUACCGGGACGAAAAAGUAAUAUCGCUACUGAAUUACCGACUCCAAAUUAUAUUACUCAUAUUGCUUCGCUUAAAAUUCAUAAAAUUAUAUAUAUAUAUAUGUAUAUGUACGUGAAAUUAUCUAGGAUUUCAGAACACGGUGACAAUAAUUUUAUGAAACAUUAUUUGUACCUGUU